AUGAGUUCUGCGAGAGACUCAAAGGGUCAAGGAACACUGGAUUCGUGGCUGUCGCCACGGUCGAGAUCACAUCACACUCGACAGGCACGGGCAUCAGCCAGCGAUCAAGGUAGUCAUGACAGACCACCUGGCCGCUUCAAAGCUCCGAGGGGCAAUCCGGCGCAGCGCGCGGCGCUUGCAGCCAUUGCCGCAGAGACACGAACCGUUCUGCCAGACAUUCUCAAGGAUCUCCCCAAUAUUCACGCCGCCAAGUCGGAGGCGCUCUUCCUGUCCACUCUACCGAUGCUCAAAGCAACCGACUGCCCACAGCACCCCAAGACAGCCAUCUCCAUCGUCAACGAAGAUACCUACAAUGCAGCCAUUUCUCUCGCGUCCGAGGUGCCGUCUAGAGUCGCAGUGCUCAACAUGGCGAGCCAUUCCCAUGCCGGAGGCGGCUGGCUGAAGGGGUCCAUGGCGCAAGAAGAAGCCCUCUGUUACCGGAGCUCCCUCACCUUGUCAUUGCACAAACGAUACUAUCCAUUCAAGCAACGCAUGGCCCUCUACACACCCGACGUUGUGAUCAUACGCUCCGACAUUCCAAGCGGGCACAAGAUCCUUGACGUCAAACCUGGAGACCUACCGGUCGUCAGCGUUCUCAGCGUGGCGGCUCUACGAUGUCCUGAUCUCAAAACAGUCAAGCAAUCGAACGCAUCGGGCGUGGUCACAGAUCGCCAGGUCUUUGCCGACCCGGCAGCGCGCGAUCUGACCAAGGACAAGAUGCGACUGUGUCUGCGCAUGGCGGCGUCACGGGGCCACGACACGCUUGUCCUGGGCGCGCUGGGAUGCGGUGCGUUCCGCAACCCUAAGCGGGAGGUGGCGCAUUGCUGGCUCGAAGUGCUGCGCGAGAAGGAGUUUGAGGGCGGUUGGUGGAGAAGAUUGGUUUUCGCGAUUUUCGAUACCAGGAAGGAAGGUAACUUUGAGGUGUUUGAUGAUAUUCUCGGCGGAGAAAUGGUUUGA